AUGGCGUCGUCCAAGGCUGAGUUUGUCCCAGGUGGAGAGGCACCUGCUCCUACUCUUCUUUCCGGCUCAGGUGGUCUCAGAGUCUCAUCAGCUGCCGCUGCAGCUCGACCAGAAGCGCAAACACGCAAGCCGAACAGGUCAAGAACCUCAGCUUUCCUCAGCAACACGAUUCUCCGACCACGAGGCAAGUCGGUCUCGAACACGCUCGUCAAUGACUGGGGUCGACCUGUCGGUGGCAGUGAAGGGCUUGGAUCGAUCUACAACUCUGCUAUGGACUCGCGAGAGAGGAGCCAGGUGCUGCGAAGCCUUACCACCUUGGAAAAGGACAGCGAAAACGAUGUUACCGGAGCUGCGGCAGAAGCGUUCUCUGGCAAUGCCACACCAAGCACAGCAACGAGGAAUCGAUUCUUUGCCAGCUUCCGUACCGACAGCUCCAGCAGCGCACAAAGUGGCCAGACAAUAGAGGCUCCUCCGAGCUACCAGACCGACCAACGUCCUGAACCUCGACGAGGCAGUGAAGGUAGUGUCGUCUCUCACAUCAGUCUGCCAAGCCACGAAUCCGCUUCAUCUCGCUCUAGCAUUAGCCAGCAUUGGACAAGUCGUCGGGCCUCUUUCUACUUUGGCUCAGCAGCUUCGUCGUCCGUUCCUUCAUCAGCCACUUCCAGCGGGAGCAUCUCACUUGCUGCUAGUCCAGCUCCUGGCUCUGUUCUUGCCAAGCAGCAACAGCAGCAGCAGCAACAACAACAGCAACAGCCACAAUCACAACGACGAAGCUCGGGUCAAUUUAGCGCAGCAGCUCGUCAGGCUUUUCGGCCUUGCCGAUCGUUCUUGGCGUUACCCAACGGUAUUUCGGAAGAUGAUGAUUGGGAUGCGAUUCACAGGUAUUUUAGCAACGGCUCUUCCGAUGGUGCUGAUAACAAUACUCUUUCCAUCACAACGGAAUUGCCGACCAAAGCAAAGGCGUCGCCAAAGCGUGAAUCUCAAACGCAUCAAUUGCCACAUGCAGACGUGGCGAGCAACGCAAUCAAGGCUAUAGCAAGCACCACUGCUGUUGUUGACAAUGACAAAGAGGAUUGCAUCUCUUCUUCGCGUUCAAAGGCUCGUUCGCACGAUGCAGGUGGAGGCGAAAAUCUGACAGCAAACGCCAAAGCAACAGCAACAGCAACAGCAACAGCAACAGGCGCAGGCGCAGGAAAGCAACUUCCUGCCGAGGCGGGUCAUGAUGCUGUUUCUAGAUCUGCUGCUUCUUCGCUAGCGUCGAAAUUCGAAGCUGGAAAUGGUCGUCCGAUCGGCAACGCAAAUUUGACAAAUCGCCGCGAGAAGGCAGAGAAAGACGACACUUGUUCUUUGCCUUUGAUUUUGAACAAUUUGUCACGCGUGCAAGAAAUCCCUGGAGAUGUAACUCCGGCAUCUGGUCCGUCAGCUUCCAAGCAGCAGCAGCAAUUGGAGCAACACGCUGCCGAAACUCAUCAGAAGCAGCAGCAUGAUGCUCUUUCUUGUUUCUCCGACUCUGCUGCUCCCAGUGCUCUUUCGGCUGCUUCUUCUGCCGCUGCUUCUUCUGCUGCUUCUGCUGCUGACUCGUUUGCCCCCUCGGACGUUUUGUCUGACAGCUUGUCCCAAGCUAAAACCCUUUCUCUUUCUCUUUCUCUUGGCCCUGGCUUUGGCUCUCCUGUCCUUCGCCGUUCCCAUUCACAAGCAGCAGCAGCAGUAGAACCAGCUGCACAAGCUGAGCCUGAGUCGUUCAAGUUGCAUUUGCAACAGCAGAAUGCGCAGUCCACUCUGACUGCCGCUCAAGCGCCAUCUUCCUCCUCCACUGCUAUCGCUGCUAUUGCUGCUAUCGCUGCUAUCGCUACUGUCACUGCCCACGCUGCUUCUCCGUCCACACAUCGUUUGAGCUCUUCGGCUUUCACUGCCGUCCCUCCUCCUCCUCCUCCUCCUCCUCCUCUUCCUCCUCCUCCUCCUUCUCCUCAUUGUUCUUCCCCCCCACCUGUUGCCUCCUCCUGUACAUCUUCAUCUUCGGUCCUUGGUGCCGAUAUUGCUCCGAUCUCGCUUGUUCCGAUUCCAUCUUUGUCUACUUCCUCUUCCACCACCAACGUCACCACCACUGCUGCUACCAUACCUUCCCAGAGCACCUUGAAGCUUGCGUAUAUUCCCAACCUUUCCUCAUCACAACUAGCAACGACUCAGCUUGACCACAUUGCCUUGCCAACAACUGCUCCAUUCAGCUCUCAGCAUGACUUGUCUUUGCACUCCAACCCCCAUCUGAAUAGCACUGACCAGUCGAGUCGAACUCAGCUCAGACGAACCCAGCCUCAAGCGGUCUCCUCGUCCACGGCUGUCGAGCCUUCUUCUUCGCUUACAGACUCUGACAACCAUCGUUGCUCGCUUCCUCCGACGCCUCCCACCUCGUUGGGUCCGUGCAUCUCACCGCGCACAUCUGUUAGUGGUGCCCGCGAUUCUCGCACCGGUCUUCCUUCUCCCGCCUCUUCCGCUCACGGCAGCGCAACAGGUCUAGCUAGCCGUCGCGGCAGUGGCAACGAGCCAACAGGCAUUCUCGUCAACGGUUAUCUUUUCAGUGCAACCGGUCCAUCGCCGAGAACAUCUGUGGCAUUCACUGACGACGUAGGACCUAGACCGACAGUUCAGUCAGCCACCUCUCCACCCUCAAGCACCGGCCGAGUCUCCUUUGAUCUUCGACACAUCUCCCUCUUCGGCGGCUCAUCAGCAGCGACCAAGAUGUCUUCCAACGCGGUUUCAAGCGCAUCUUUUGCCGGCAUCGGCAACGGACAGCCACCUAAUACUUCCGAUGCUAAUGGUAGGCACCAAACCUCUUCGCAAUCAGGCUCUGCCUCCAAGUUCUUCUCCCGCAUUAGCCUGCCUGGUAGCAGUCGUCGUGGCAGUGCCGCUGAUGGGUCGCCCUUGUCAUCACCGCAAGCAAAGCCUCGCUCCCGUUUUUCCAGCUUUGGCCGUCUUGCUAGUCGAGGCAGCGAUGCUCCAACAUCAUCACCCAACCGCAACCGUGGCUUGCCCAACUCGAUGCAGCCUUGGGCUUCUGCCUCCACAGAUGUGCUUGGCAUGCGUCCCGCCGCCAAUCAAGGACGCAACAGUCUCGCCCUCGCUCGUGAAGAGGCGACUCGACCGCGCAAGAGUUUGCAUCUACCACGCACCAACCUCUUCGACUUGGACUUCGAGGACAACUCGAACACAACAGCAACCACCAGCACGGCUACACAUCGCAUCGAACCGCAAGCGCUGCCACCAAUAGAAACGACGGCGACCACGGCAAUUCUCAACAAGCCAGAGAAGCCUGCCUCACCUUCACUCAAUUUGGGUCGCCGUCCGAGCUUCAACUUCUUGCGUCGUGCCAGUGCUACCAGCACCAAUCCGAACGUCGACAAUGUCAAUGGCGAGCGAAGAGGAUCUAGAGGCUCCACCCACUCGUUUGCACGCACCUUCAUGAACAGGACGCUGUCUCGCAACAGCAAGACAUCCGAUACUCCACCAGCCACGGCACGAGGCAUCCCAUCGCCCAAUGGCGAUUCAGCCUCACCAAUCUUCCGCCACGGCAUCUUUGACACGCGGUCUUCAGUCACACCUGGCACUGUCGCAUAUCCAGGCAUGUCGUCGACCGUCAAUUGGAACGCUCCCGGCAACGCUCGCAGAUCGAAUCAGGCAGAGCUUGCCCCCGGCGAGGUCGAUCCUACUGUCGCCAUUCCACUUUAUCCUGAAUCGGUCGCAAGUGGGGCUGUACCAACGCAGCCAAAAGCCGUCGCUGACUUGGCUACUGGAGUCCUUGCCAAGCCUCGUCCUUCUCACGGCAUCGACCAAGAGCAGGAUGCUGGAGAAGCCAGUGAUACUAUCCCUGAACCUUUGUCUCCGACCGCAGCUUCCACGACGACAACAACAGCACCAGCAACAACUUCUUCGCCAGGGCAAAGCACCGAUUCGCUCCCCUCGCGUCAGAGACCGGCACGCUCGUGCAAUGCCCUUUCGCAUUUGCCACGACUCAACUCGAUGCGCACCGUUGCAGGCACUACCAGCAGCUCCCAGGGAAACUCGAAUGGACACCGUGUUGCACGCACUGGUUCCGAAAGCACCACCGACAGCACCACCGCGGGAGAGACAAGUGAAGGGGAGCAAGAAGCUAGCGAAGACGAGGACGAGGACGAUCUUACAGGUCAGACUUCUGAUUAUCACGAUAUGGGCACCGAGACCGAUGACGAGACGGACGAUGACCCUUCGCCUGCUGUCAGUCGCCGCGUAUUGGCAGCCCACAUGGCUGCUACAGGUAGCUCAGGCGGCCUCAAUCGCAACCGACCCACGGAGUCGCUCAUCCUGCCUCCCGCUCCUUCCUUCAUUCCCAACCCUAGUAGCUCACUCGCGGAGCAAGAUGCGGACGCUACGCCUUCGACAUCGAGCGCACCAGGCACGAGCAAUGGGCUCUUCAAUCAGAACGUAGGCCGAGACUCCUGGACAAACUUCAAUGCGGCCGGUUUCACGCCCUUCGAGACGCCUACACCCAGUUACGGUGGCAGUCGCAUGUUCGCUGCACCAACGCCCCGUGCUCGUCAGGAGCAAUCCGAGUCGUCCUACUUUGCCGCUCGUCCAGUUACCAGCAACAGCAACCGUGCCACGACAGCAGGUACAAUGAGCGGCGAUGCUCCUCCGCCUUCGCCUUCCAUCAUCAGCCGCUCUCGUGCCCCCUCUUCAGCCAGCAUGCGAACAAUGCGAACGCCCGGUUCAGGUAGCAUGACUUCAGGUCCCGUUCCCACCCGAACCAUGCCCACGCCUGGUGGCGCUCUGCCACCUUUGGUCUUGCAUCGACAGAUCCAAGCUGCUUCGGGAUCGACGAGGUCCGGAAUCGAUCGCAGCAAGUCACCCGGGCUUGCCGCCGGUAGCAGUCGACCAAGCACUUCUGGCAUUUUGACUCCACACCAGACACCAGCAGGCGAUCGAACGAGGAGCCGAGAGCCUAGCAUUGAUCGACCUGCAUCUGAGAGGCCCUCGUCUCCGGCUGCAGCCUCCAUCAAGGCGAGCACUAGACAGAUCGUCGGACUAGACGGCAUGGCAGUGUCCACUGCGGCGCCACCCAGCCUCUAUCAGCAAAAAUCCAAGUCGCUUGUUGACUUGCUGGGUCCAGCAUCGCGCCGCCUCGAGAUCGACACCGCAGCUGCUUCUCGUCCGAUCAUCGUUGAGCCUUCGCCAAUCGAAGCGCAGCGCACGCCGACCACGCCACGCCUGCCAUCAGAAACUCCAGCUUACAGUAAGAAAGAUGGGUUGGCACCGAUCAACACGAGCGGAACGUCUGCGGCUUCGAUUGCCUCGCCCAGCCUCGGCCGUCGACGAUCGAUGUUCGAGAUGCGAGCUGAACCUCCACCGUACUCGAUCAUUCACAACCGACCCGACGGUCCUCAGGUCAUCUUGCCGCGAGAGGAGGAAGGCAAGGAGAAGCUGCCCAUGUAUUACUGUGGCGUUCACAUCGAAGGAUACCUGCCACGCAAGAUGGAAUUCUCGGCACCUGGUGUUCAGGCUAAAGACCGUAGCUGGAAGCGACAGUACUUUGUUCUGCACGGCACGAGUCUGCGCGUUUACAAGAACGAUCUUAGUGUGGACCGACAUGCUGCCAGUGGGUCAUGGGGUGAGAUGAUGGGUGUUCAUGUGCAUCUUGAGCCUAUGAACGAGGAUGGAUCUAAUGGAUCGGGUUCCGGUAUUGGACUUGGCGCUGCUGCGCGUGAAGCCAUCUCGCACACUCCCUUGGGUAACCAUCGCAACGAAGCAUUCAAGAACAAGGAAGCCGGCACACAGUUUGAUUCCAAGAACGGUCUGAUCCGCAACUACACUCUUCAAGGUGCCGAGAGCGGUCUCGCAGCCGACUACCUCAAGCGUCGCCACGUCGUGCGUGUUCGUGCUGAAGGAGAGCAGUUCUUGCUCCAAACACGCAGCGAUCGUCACGUUGUCGACUGGAUCGAAGCAUUGCAGGCUGCAACCAACGUUGCCAUGGACCUGGAAAAACGACCCAUGCCCAAGUUCAUCACACUUCCACGUAGACGUCGUCGUCGUCGUCGCAACGCAGACGGCACCGUUAUCAGUCCGGAAGAGCAAGAGAGGCGAGAUCUGGCCGAAGCGCAACGACAAUCGAUCGCAGAAGCUGGGGGACGACUCAAUGUUGGAGAGGAAGCAACGCCACGAGAAAGCAUUUCACAGUCGGGUCGAGCAAGUAUGAGCAUCGAGAACGAGCUCAAUCCUAGUGCGGCAUUCGAGCGAAUGCUGAGGGAAGAUCAGGAAAAGGGUGGAAGACAGUCUGCGGAAGUGUUAUGA